CGCUGCAGGUUGAAUCUAUUGCCCCUAUUUCCUGUCACAUGGGUUGGAAAUCGGAUCCCCUGCUUUCUACUAUCUGAACCCGUCUUUGUGGUGUCAGUGGAGCAGCGGCUUGGAGGACCUGCCUUGAAGUUCAGGGACUUUUAACGCCCACCGAAGAGCGACUCCUGCACAGUCCCGGACAGCCAGCCAGCCAGCCAGUCAGUCAGUCAGUCAGUCAGCCAGCCAGUCCACCAGCUCGCCGGUCUGCGCAUCCGUCCGCCCGGCUUGCACUUCACCUGAGAGCCGGCUCCGACUCUUAUUAACCACACGAUGGAUUCCUGGACAGUCACAUCUGCUCUGCUCCUCGCGGGGGCGAUUUCUUCUGCGGCUUUUGGUGUUUUCGACACCGAGUGCUACACUGCCAACGGAGAGGACUACAGGGGCUUCCAGAACCAGACCAGCCUGCAUGGGGGUAAACCCUGCCUCUUCUGGAACGAGACCUUCCAGCACCCUUACAACACCCUCAAAUACCCCAACGGAGAGGGGGGGUUGGGCAGCCACAACUACUGCAGGAAUCCGGAUGGGGACGUUCAGCCGUGGUGCUACAUCGCAGACCACGACGACGGGAUCUACUGGAGAUACUGCAACAUCCCGACAUGCCAGAUGCCCGGGAACUUGGGCUGCUUCAGAGACAGCGGUGACCCGCCGACCCUGUCCGGCACCAGCGAGACCUCCAACAAACUCACCAUCCAGAACUGUAUCAGCUUCUGCAGGAAGCAGAGGUACAAGCUCGCCGGCAUGGAGUCCGGAUAUGCUUGUUUCUGUGGCAACGAAGUGGAGCAGCGUGAUCACGGCGAGUCACCGAGCAUGGAGUGUAACCACGUUUGCUUCGGGGACCACACCCAGCCCUGCGGUGGAGACGGCUGGGUCAUCAUCUUUGACACUCGAGUUGGGGCCUGCGGUGGAAACUACUCCUCUCCGUCCGGAGUGAUCUACUCCCCCGACUUCCCCGACAAGUACGGGGCCGGCCGCGUUUGCUACUGGACCGUCCACGUGCCCGGAUCCUACGCCAUCCUCUUCAACUUCACCUUCUUUGAGAUCUCCGACCAGACGGACAUGGUGGAGCUCCUGGACGGCUACACCAACCAGGUGGUGGCGCGCUUCGACUGGCGCAGCCCGCCGAGGGAGCUGGUGAACGUCACGGGCGACCACGUCGUCCUGUACUUCUACUCGGAUCGCACCAACCAGGCCCAGGGAUUUGCUCUGCUUUACCAAGCGCUGAGAAGCCAAGACACCAGAACAAUGGAGGCCGAGGGAGACGGGGAGGACGAUGGGGGCGACGUCUCCAGCACGCCGGGGCCCCGGCUGGCCGGCGGCGGCGGCGGCGUCACCGAGAGAUCCAACAGCACCUCCAACGGACGCUCCUCCCAGAUCCUCUACGUGAUCACGUCCAGCCCCGGGAAACCGGAGCACAGCAUGCCAGGUCAGUGGGCUGGACGCGGCGAGACCACCGGCCACGGCGCGAUGUGGACCAUCUACGGCCUGGCCGCUCUCCUCGUCCUGUCCGUCGUGGCCAUGGUGGCGAAGCUGCUGCUGCACAUCACGGUCAAGUCUCCGAACAUCCCGACGGUCAGCGGGUCCGACAGCUGCAGCCAGAGCACGGCGUCCUCCGAGCCGUGGAUCAUCCUGUACCGACCCUCCACCAUCUCCCUCUUCAAGAAGAAGCUAAAGAACCACCACGGCGACCUCAGCCCCCUGGUGGGCAACUAGCGAAACCGCCGUUGCCGGCAAACCCACCGCUACUCUGGACAAGGGGGGCCGUCGGGCCGUCGGGCAACGAAACUAUACGAGGCGCUACGCCGACAAUGCCAACCGCCGAGUGGCUAAUGACAACUGACUGAGUGACUGAUAAUUAACGGCCUCCGUGUGCCGCUCGGGGGCCGUCACUGACCUCAGUGACCUCAGUGACCUCGGUGACCUCCUGGUGCUUCAGAGUCCCCCGAUGGCAACCGCAUCUUCACGAGCGUCGAGAAGAGGAUGGAGAAGUCUUUGAUGCACAUACACACACACACACACACACGUGGUGUUACUCAGCUUAACAGCUUCGUUAUAAACUCUUCCAAACUGCCUCAUAUGGACGACAAACACUCGCAGCCAAAAAAGAAAAAAAAUCCUCCCAUCCAAAGAGUUAUGUAUUUAUUUGUCUUUUUUUUUCUGAUUCCAUAUGCAAACCGUUCUAAUGUUUCUUUUUUUAUUUUGAUUUGACUUGACAACUAGCUUUCUGAGGAGAGGGGAGGUCACAGCACUUUGGGGAUGAAUCACUCGCUGCAAAAAUGAAAAGAUCACAAGAGAGAGAGAGAGAGAGAGAGAGAGAGAGAG